ACAGGAUUUGAAAAUGGCGAUGAUUUACAAAAAGUUGACCCAAUCGGCCCCUCUUUACAAGCUGGAAGCCCAAGGUGGUACAGAGGGACGUGAUUGGGAUGAUGGUUCUUACGAUGGUGUUAAAAGGAUGCUUAUAGGUCACGAUACUAGCCGUAUCACUUAUUUAGAGUGUGUGUACGUGAAAGGUGAGGAGUUGGAGAUGCGUCGCCAUGGGAAGAUAGGAACAGCACUAUUUGAGGCACGUUUUACGAGAUAAUCGAAGCUUCGCCGGGCGUAGGCUUUUAUCCGCUGAGUACUGACAAAACAAUUCGAAUUGUUCCCUUUUGCGGAAAGACCCUCCGGUCAGAACAGCCUUGAAGAAUUACACGCCGGGUUCUCCCCCGACCCCGUCGGAGGGACCGCCGUUGCUCGCUCCUCACCGUCUCCGACAAUCUCAGAAUGGAUAAAAAGCUUACUGUGGAGUACCUAGGCUCAGUCAGCGAGGAUUCUCGCGACCUUCCCUAGCUGCUCUUGGCUGGAAUUCGUAGAGCAGACCGGACUUUGGCUUUUACUGGGGUUUCCGGGCAAAGGCUAGUUUGAAAGAAGUUUUCUCUUCACCCCUGUGACCUACCAUCUCGAUCUCUAUAAGGGGUCUCCCUGUUAAAGUUUCAUAAACCCUACUGCAGCGAGUUUCUUUGCGGCUCAAGUUUGGAGAUUAAUCAUGGCUCAUCGGAGAAUCUCGUCGUCAGAGAAAGGCAAAGGAAUUGAUCUGGGGACCCAUGAACCCCCUCGUGAGGCUCGAGUUAAAGCCCCUCUCCCGGACAAUGCUGACCUGCUCCGCCAGCACUCUCUGACCCUAAUCGGCAGAGUCACAAACAAAUCUACCCAAAAAGUGUGGUCUUUGAUCCCUUUCUUCACGGAGCACUGGAAAACGGAGUUCAAGCCGAUUGGCUCGGACCUGGGUAAUGGGUUGUUUCAAUUCCAGUUCGAGCUCGAAGCGGACCUGCUCUCGGUUCUGGACCAGCGACCGUAUCAUUAUGCUAGGUGGCUCAUCAUUCUUCAACGGUGGGAACCUACAGUUUCUCCAUCCUUCCCCUCCUUGAUUCCUUUUUGGAUUAAGGUGCAGGGCCUCCCGGUCCACCUGUGGACAGAGCCAACUGUUAAAGUCAUUGGCCAAAACAUAGGACUCUAUGAAAAGGCUGAAAUUACCAAGCUAGCGGUGCGUAUGAGGGUCCAUGUCAACGGCCUCCUCCCAUUGAUUACUACUUCGGUGGUGGAAUUCCCCAAUGGGGAUGAAGUCAACACCACUUUAGUCUAUGAGAGGCUAGAUAAGCAUUGUACUAAAUGUUUGCGACUAGACCAUGAGCUUAAGGAGUGUCUCGUUGCGAGAGCGGAAGCCAAAGAACUGAAGGCAGCGCAAGAGAUCUCGAGAGACCAAACGGCCUCAAAACCUUGCUAUGAAUCAGAAUCCAUCCGAGGCUACUCCAUGGUCCGUGAAAAUGAGGCCCAUCCUAAAAGAAACCAGGAUCAUAAGCCUCCAAGUUUCAGAUUCUCAGCACCUGCAAGAGAGGUUGAAAAUGAGAUAAGGAACUCUUCUGUCUCAAGGGGACUCCCUCACCACAGGGUGCAUAAAAAUCAGCCACUUAAUUGGCAAGAUAGAACCUCUAGUCGGCGCUCUCAGUUUACAAAAGAAAGAUCAAGACAUCAUGAAGAGAGGUUUCAUCGCGCUCGUGGGGACAAUUUGCCAGGCCCACCAAGCAAGAGUUACUAUCGAGAAAUUCAGAGGACAGUAAUGGAGCCACGUGAUACUGGAUCUAGUGCUUCAAAGAGUACACAUGACAACAGGGGGAUUCCCCAGCGAAUUGAGCAAGUUUUGCACCAAAAGAACUCAGAGCUUGAAGCCCGCAGAGCAGAAAAAGAAGCUCAGUCAAUUCGGAGCUCUCAUUUGCAGGAGAAAGAAAGGAGGAUAAGCCCUGCAAGACCAGAAGGUGACCGUGGACAACUGGAGAAAGCGGUUCUACAAGUCGUACGGGCCUCUUUAAAUCUAACUACGGAAAGCCAAACCCCUAUUGCUGCGAUCUCUGAACGUCGACAUGUAACUCAAAGACUAGGAGCUACUGAUGGCCACAACUCAGGUAGUGCAGGGAGAGGCUCGGAAUUUUCCUCUAAUUCAGCCAAAGAAAGGACCCCUGUCUCACAAAGAUUAGGACCUGUCCAGCAACCGAUGCUGGGGAGCUCAGAGAGAAAGGUAGAUGCAUCUACAUCUCGUUCUAAGGAAAGGAUCCCAGCAUCUCACCGCUUGGGAGAGCAGGGGAUUCCUACUAGUACUACAAGAACCUCCGAUCCCCAACGUUUGGAUCCGCCAUUGAUUAUGGAAAACUCAACAUUUCUACCAGAUAAGGUACCUGCAAAAAAGAGACUAGGGAGACCACCGGGAAAGGCGAAGAAGCCAGCAAGUCCCUCACUGACAAAAGAUGGACUCAGCAAGAAGCGAAGAGUCCCUGCACCAAAAGCUACGAAUGUUAGAAGGAAACUCGGUAACGAGGAUUCUCGAACUGAGGGAAAUACUAUAAAAGGUAAAAAGAGGGGGGAAUCCUCACGACAAGCUGCCUCUGAUGGAAGAUCGCGCUCAUCUGAUAACAUGCCGAUUAGUAACAUGAUACCGAAGUCAACUCGGAGAAAGGCGGAUUUUCGGGCACCACCCGAUCCAAUUCCUUAGCGAUUAUGAGUUGGAACUGUCAGGGGUUGGGGAAUCCCCGGACAGUUCGUCGUCUCAAAGAGAUAUCAAAAAAGUACCGGCCAGAUAUCCUCUUCUUAAUGGAGACCAAAAAUCCCGAUGACUUCGUGCUCAAGAAAUGUGAUCAGCUUAACUAUGAAGAGCAUCUCUUUAUACCUCCUGUAGGUCAUGGUGCGGGAGGACUAGCUCUUUUUUGGAAUCAAAAUGUAAAGUUUACAGUGUUGUAUGCCUGCGCAAAUGUUAUUGAAACAAUGAUUGAAUUCCAAGGGAAGUUUUUCUAUUCUA